CCGAGGCUACUUGGAGAAGCCCCGCCGGUUUCCUUGGGCACUUGACUCCCAAGGCAGCCUGCGGGGGAUCGCAGCCCGACCCGAGCUUCUCCCUCAGCGCGCAGCGGGACUUUCUCCUGGAUAAGGGAAUGACUUGACUUCUCAAGAAAACGGGCGAGACUGGACUGCCCUAGUUGGCGGCAUCUGUUUUUUGGUUGGGAGUAAGCUCCGUGGAACUCGGUGGAGUUGAUUUCUGAGUAAACGGCGGGGAUUCCCUGGCUUGCCGGCGGUCUCUCCCGUCGCUCGCCGGGGAGUAAAUGUCCCUCGUGGGAAUGUAAGGGCAGCUAUGCGUGGAUGCCUCCUCCCACACACCGGUUGCACAGGAGAAAGCCCCCUAGGAGGACUCAAAGGACCUUGCUGCAAGUAAAACAGACUUCCCUGGGUUUGAGGUGGGAUCAAGAUGACGACGCCAACCCCAGUGUCUGAUGCCCUCCCGUCUUUGACAAACGUGACCACAAAGUCUCAAGAACAGGUUCUUUAUCAAAUUUCUGGAGCAAUUGUGGCAGCCGUUGUUGUCGGCGUGAUAGUGGUAUUCACAGUGGUUCUGCUGCUGCUAAAAAUGUACAAUAGAAACAUGAGGACGCAGCGAGAGCUGGAACCUAAGAAUGCAAAAGCCUCAAUCCCUUCCACCUCAGGACAAAACAGUAAUAGCACAGGACGCCCUACAACAGUGACAUUCGGCCCUGUGGACAUCCAUAUGCAGAACAGGAGACUGUGAGGCAUUCUGAGGUCUGUUGAGAAUGACAAACAGGAAGGAAACCUGGGCCUACAAUCAUUAGAAUGACCCAGAAUCAUCUACAUAAGAGGAAUGUCACCAACAGUCCAUUUACUCUGGCUGGCACUAUAUUUCUUUCUUUUUCUUUUAAAGAGAAGAGAUUGAGCACCUUAGAACUGCUGAGAAAACACUAGGGUGUGGAACCCAGUCAUAAAAAUGAUGUUUUCCUGUCUACAGCUGCUGUUACAAAGGGGCAACUAACACACUUGCCCCUGAUGUUGGGUCCAGAGAUACUAGUCCACAUUUUUUUCUACUUCUGCUUUGGUUCAGCUUGCGCAGUCCCUCAAAAUAGUGAAUGGGGAUUGUCCCCUGCUUGUUGGAAACUCUGAGGAACAAAGGCAAGAGGGCCCCAUAUGAAGCAGCUCAUUGGUGGCAAUAUUUAUUGUACAAAACCCAAAGAAGAAAAGGAUGAAGGUGGUAACUGGUAGUACCAUGGUAUGUCAGUAUGAAUACAAAACUUUAAAACAUCAUAAACAGACUCUGAAUAAUGUUGUUACCUUCCUCAGAUAUAGGUAUCCAUGCAUGAACACUCAGUAAUGUGGGACAUAUUUUUGUCACACCAAUUGCAAUAUGGGAUAUAAGCUGAGGGUGUUUUCUUGUAGUUUUAUUGCACUUUGUAUGCUUUUCUUUAAAAAAAACUUAAAACAAAUCAUAAGUUCCCUUGAGUAACAAGGAAAAAGUGACAGAUAAGUAUUAAAAUAAAGAAACAACAUAUUAA